AUGUACAAGCUUCUAUUUGUCGUUACUGCCGCCGCUUUUGUGGGAGCUGAUCCUCAUCACGGCAAUCCACAUGAGCCAGCAGUCACUCUAGGUCCGAGGCCGCUACGUGCGAUCGUGCGAUUGGCAAGCCCUGACGGACGUGAUGUCCAUGGUAACGUGACCUUCACCCAGGAGGACGAUAAAGUGCGAAUACAGGGCAGGGUGUAUGGUAUGCCCCCAGGGGAAUAUGGGUUCCACGUUCACCAAACUGGUGAUAUUACUGGAGGAUGUUUGUCCACUGGACCACAUUUCAACCCUGAUAUGAAAGACCAUGGGCACCCGGAGGACGAGAACCGUCACGUAGGAGAUCUUGGUAACAUUGAGUUCGAUUCGGAUCAACUCAGCAAUAUUGACUUCACUGACAAUGUUAUUGCUUUGGAAGGUCCACAUAAUAUCUUGGGCAGGGCUAUAGUUCUUCACGCUAUGGCUGAUGACUUCGGCAGAACUGAUCAUCCAGACUCUAAGAAGACUGGGAACGCCGGAGGACGCGUCGCUUGCGGUGUGAUCGGCAUCUUGAGCCCAGUGACAGGAUGGGAGAGAAGUGAAGCUUCGAACUUUGCUUCCACCUCUGCUGUGACGUGUGUCCUUGCCGCAAUAACUUUUAUACUACAA